AUGUUGGUUACCUUUAAUUCCAAGAAACGAGCCAAUACAGAAAUCAGCCCUGGUGGCCGCAAGGCAUCGAAGGUCGCCCAUGACCUCACCCCAAGCACCCCCGAGAAACCAGGAGGCUCGACCUCCGAGCCUGUCACCAAGACAUCGAGCCAAGGCAGCGACCCUUCCUUCAAGCUCAUCAACAAGUCCACCGACUUCUUCAACACCAAGUCCUCGAGGAGAUCCAGAAACGGGUGUCUCACCUGUAAGGUAAGGAAAAAGAAGUGUGAUGAGCUCAGACCUACUUGCUCUGGAUGCUCCCGAUUGAAGAAGGAGUGUCUCUGGGUCGACUACGAGAACAUGUCGGAAGCAGAAAUCAAGGAGAUCAGGGAGAAGGCCGAAAACGAUGAAAAGACCCAGAAACUAAGAAGACGAAGAUCCAAACUGACCAACCCCCAACAGACGGCUUCGAAACCUGCUGAGUUCGAGCCAGCCAGAACUCAGUCCACUGAACCAAAACCAGCUGAUUCCCAUCCAGAGAGUUCCAAUGCAUCUCAGGUUAAUUCUCCUCGCCUCGAACAACCAAGAUCCCCAUCGUCCCCUUCGUCUUUUUUGACAUUCUUGAAAGAUCAUGGAAUCCAAGAUUCCCCUAUAGAGAGAUCCUCCGUCCUGUCAGAACACGUAGUCAAAGACGAGCCACAUAACCAGCUCGUCGUGAACAAAGACGUCCAAGAUUUAACCAUUCAUCUGCCCAAUUCAUUUGUUGAAUCAUUGCUGGAGUUGGGCCACAUGUUCAACAAUCCCCAAAGUCCCUACUAUAGUCAAUAUUUGCAACUUAUGACCCCGUCCAACGGAGAAGAUUUCAUUACAAACCUAAACUCCAUCAUUACUCCACUCCCUCCCCAUCCUCCAUCUUAUCUCCCUGAGUUGGCCACUCCUAAAUGUGCUUACUUGUACAACUACUAUGUGGAAACACUUUCAGACAAAAUUAGUAUAGCACCUUCUUCGCAGAAUGAAUCAAAUGCGUACCAGAAGGUGUUCUUACCUUUGGCCUACAAGGACAAGGGUGUUCUCUAUGGUAUUCUUGCGUGGGCAGGGUUUCAUUUGGGAGGCAAAUGGAAAGAAGAAGGUACCAAGUAUGUGGAUAUGGCACUUGAACAUCUCAUGAAAUCAUUGACAGAAGUCAAAUCGAACAACAACACUGUUGCUCAACCUGAAGAUCGCCAAGUGACAAUUAUAAAGUUGGCGACCCUUUUGAUUCUUUGUGGUGCAGAGAUCUGUAAGGGAGAUGUUAAAAAUUGGUCAAUUUUCUUGAAUUGGGGCUGGAAGAUCCUUUACGCUCAUGGUGGAAUAUUGAAUUUCAACAGACUGAAAGAAGAGCACUGGUUGAUAUCAAAUUUUGCCUAUCAUGACUUGUUGGCAAGUUCUUCCACGGAAAGGGGAACUUACUUUCCAUCUGAGGAUUAUGCCACUAUUUUCUCCGACAAAGCUGGAUUUUCAAGAGGUAACUUGAAUCCUUUGUUGGGGGUAUCAAAGAAGUUAUACAAGAGCAUUGGAGAUAUCAGUACUUUAGUGUUCGAGAGUAAAAAGAUACUUCAGCGAAUCUAUUCCGAGGGGAUCAUUGAAAUAGAGAAUAAAAAGGGAGUCGAUGAAUCCCCGACCUACACCUCACUCGAUACUGAAUGCUCGAGUGAAGAUGGGGAAUCAGAGAUAAGUGAGCACGGAAAAAUCAACAAGAUGCUUUACACAAUUAUAGAGAAAGCAAAUUUGUUGGAAAAGGAAAUCGAUAGCUCAAGACCUGAUCCUGAAGAUUUAAUAGGCAUAACUGAUUCUGAAUUGGAAUGGCAGCUUACCCUUUUUGAAGCCUUCCAACUAAGUGCAAAGCUUUUUUUGAAACAAUCUAUCUUGAAGUGCAACCCAUCGAUGAUAGAGAUCCAGGUUCUCAACACUGACUUGAUCAAGUGCAUUGACAUUCUCCUAGGAACCCCGGUACAAGCUUCUUUGGUGUUUCCGCUAUUCAUGUCAGGAAUCCAUUGUGUGACCAAACAUGAUCGUGACGUGUUGCUCAAACGGAUGACUAACUUGAUGGAGCUCUAUGGCCCCUGGAAUAUCCAAAGAGCGAAGUUCUUGGUGGAGAAAGUAUGGGAACAGAAUCCAAAAGGUGAUACUGUGGUUGAUUGGCAAUCCAUCCUUAAAGAACUUGGAUGGGAUAUCAACUUUGCAUGA